GCGAGCUUUUGCGUCAUAAUCGCGGCGGCGCAGAUUUGCACAUGUCUGCCAGCUGGCGGCGUGGAGACACGUGAGGCUGCUGAAGAUCGCAAACUUCUUGAACUCGAUGCAUCCGCAAAGGCCUUCAACACCGGGAAAGCUUUACCACCCAAUGCCGACCACGUGGAAGAUCACGAAUUUUUGACACCGAAGGAAAUUUCAUUAAUUUCGGAGAUCAUUGAAAGGAUCACGAAAAAUGUCCUAGGUAGAUUUUCCGUGAUCAAAUGGAAGGAACGCAAAUUUAACUUGGAAACAGAACUCGAAGACGCCAUUCCGAAGAUGACUGAAGACAUGAUGGCAAUUCCGUCUGCUCAACCUCAUGACGAAUUUUUAGAUCCUGAUUCAAUUUACGACCCGGACUUUGCAUUGGACGAUAAAAUCGAUGAACACGUCAGGAGGAAGCGAAAUGCUGACGCA